GCGGCUGUAAACAAACCAGUAGACAACAUUGGAAGUCGAACGCAGGAGUUGAUUAUCUUCGCUUUGGACUUUCAUGCUGCAAAUGUGUGGGGUCCACAUGGUCACUCAGCAUUAUGGAAUUGAACUGUGAGUUGGAGGUGGAAGAUUUGGAAGAGGAAGUAAACAUGGAAGAAGAUCCUGGUGGCAUGGCUGAUUUUGAAGAGGACGUUGGCUCAAGACGAGAGAUAAAAAUGGAAGAAGACACCAGCUCAAGCUCAAGACAAGACAUAAUGAAAACGGAAGAAGGCAUUUGCCCAAGAUGGGAGAUGAAAGUGGAGGAAGAGGCGGUUGCCAUUGCUGAUGGUAUGACCACAACACCUGUGGUGGAUGUCAAAAUAGAAGACUCAGAUCAUCUACAUAUGUAUUCAACAGAGUUGAAACAGGAAGUGAAAGAAGAAGAGGGACGAAAGCCUUUUGUUGCGGACCACGUCAAACCAGAAGACACCUGUAUUCGCCCCAUCGAUUCCACAGCAGAGAUCUCUGUAACAUUAAAAGAGAAGGAGGAUAUGAUGGGGCAAGAAGAGGAGGAGGAAGAGGAAGAGGAAGAUGGAGGAACGUGGCCUUCAGAGGAGCCAGCAGGGGAACCUCUCCACAAUGUCCAUACUCUUACAAGUGAUUCACUAAGCAUGAAGCAACCCAACGACGCACGCAAAUCUCCGGCGAAAAGAAGAAAAGGAAAGUGUCGCCAGUGCAUAAAAUGCGGCAUGACAUUUAAACUGAACAAUUUACGGACGCAUCAAAAAACUUGCGCCGGGAAGAAAUUCCAGUGUGAUUUGUGUGAAAAGGCCUUUGGAACGAAGAGUUCCCUCGUGAAGCACCAGAGAUUCAGUCAGUGCACGGCAGCAGCAGAGACACCAUAUCAGUGCACCGCAGCAGCAGAGACACCAUAUCAGUGCACCACAUGUGGAAAGUUCUCGGGGAAAGACAGUGGAAAUCAGGACGAUGCCACCACAGAUAAGCCGUCAUGUGGAUGUUCGAGGAACAUUGCAGACGCCAGUCACCGGCUCGCGCACAUUGCAAACUUCAGACCAAUCAAGCCCAAAGUUGUUGUUCCUCAAGCUGUAGUAGCACAAACUCAAAAUCUCACUUUAGUCAACCCACACAAUGGUGUCGGUGCCCAGUCCGAGUCGCAGGCUCAAAACCUGACUUUCAUCAACCCGGCUGACGGCGUCAGGGUUGACACCCAAUCCGGAUUACACAUGCUGAUUAUUGUACCCCGAAAGGACACCGCUUUCCCUGUUGUGGCUGCUGCCGCCGCCGCAGAGAGUCCAGGUCGUUUGGUUGCCGAGGGAACCCCCAGUCGUGCUGUUGCUGAGGGCAACAGUCGUUUGGUUGCUAAGGCCCCUGGUCGUCGUUUGGUUGCCGAGGUUCCCGCGGGUCGUUCUGUUGCCGAGGUUCCUGACGGCGGCCAUUCGUCAAGGCCAUUGCCCAUGGCCGUCUGCGACAAAGCCGAAAAGGACGUGGAUUUCUUCUUGAAAUUCAAUUUCCUGAAUUUGUCUUUCGAGCAGCAGCUCCGGGUGUUGGAGAGGGGCCGGCCGACGCCUGACGUCAGCAUCACGCAGACGAAAUCCACCGGAGUGCGGACGUUCAACAAGCAGCACUUCACCAAAACAGAGUGGCUCACUGCCAGCCCCACCACCUCCAAGCUGUUCUGCUGGCCGUGUCUGCUGUUUGACAAGUUGGCGGGCAACCCCUGGGUCUAUGGUGGUUAUGCUGACAUGGUGAAUUUGGGCCGGGCCAUUGAGAGACACGAGAAGUCCAGAGCACACAUAGUGGCCACAAUGAAGCUGAAGGUGUUUGGCAAGGAGAGGGGGGAGGUCGACCAGGAGGCUGAGCAGAGUCGCUCCAAGCAGCACAACGCCCAGGUGUCCAAGAACAGAGAGGUGCUGAAGAGAUUCAUCUCCGUAGUAAUAUUCCUGGCCAAACAAGGGAUUCCCUUUCAAAGACUCCGCGACUACGACAGCGAUGAGGAUGAGGAAGAAGAUGAAGAGGAUGAUGAUGAUGAUGAUGAGGAUGGCGUGCGUAGCAGAGACAGAAGGAAAAGUAGCCUGAUCAGGAAGAGGAUGAGUAACCAUGACAACUACACCGGGCUGGUCCACUUGCUGGCGGAAAUGGAUGAGCCUCUCGCUGCUCACCUGGACGCCUCGUCUCCGUGGGCGACGGAGUUCGUGGGGGCGUCGAGCGUGGCGGUGCAGCGCGAGCUGAUCAGGUCCGUCGCCACGGUGAUCCAGAGGGAGGUGGACGCCGCCAUCAGCACCGCGCCCUUCAUAGCGGUGCAGAUGGACGACUUCUUCGAAGUCACUGGGGUCACAGGUCAGCUGAGCGUCAUCAUUCGUCACGUCGACCAGAGGGGCGCUGUCUGCGAGAGGUUCCUCAGCUUGACUGACCUCGUCUGCAAUGACAAAGAGCGUUUCGCGGAUGCCCAGGCGAUCUCUGCGGCGAUCCUCGCGGCCGUGGAAGUGUACGAGCCUGCGGCGAAGCUCAUCUGCCUAUCGCACGACGGGACUAGCUGCAUGACGAGUGGCCUGAAAGGCGGCACAGUGGGCCAGAGGCCGGUCCGCGUCCAGGCCCUGGUGAAGGAGAGCUGCCCCCAUGUCCAGGUGCUGCACUGUUACGCCCACGAGCUGACACAGGUGUUGGCCCAGGCUCUGUCCGCCCUGCUUCGGCCAGUCAGCCUCUUCUUCGGACAGCUGGAGGGAUUCCUGAACUUCUUCUCUGUCUCGCAUGAUCGCGCAGCUUUGCUCAGGGAGGUCGACCCGUCACUUGUGGACAUCGAUGUGUGCGAAGAGAGCGACGGCGAAACCUCUGGAGACUCCCGAUUGACAGUUCGUCUUGGGGAUUUCAAGCGGCGUGCGGUGCAUGUGGUCAGCGAGGGGCGUGACGCGCUGCUCGACGUGUUGGAGCGCGUCCUACGGCAGCCCGGCCGGGACACGGACUCCAUCUGGCGCAGCUCCGUACUACUGGACUACCUCGACAGCUUUGACUUCCUCUUCCUGCUCCAGACGUUUAAGAAGGUCUUUGACAUCGUGGCGCCUCUAGUGGAGGAGCUAAAGCACUCUGAGGCCAAUCAGCAGGGCUGGACGCCGCCGCGACAGGUCGGAGCCGUGUGCGCGAAGCUCACCGGCACACUUCGCACCGCAGAGAGCUUCCAAGCCGUCUUCAGUCUCACAAAGGAGAUGGUGGACUCCCCUAGCGACUGUGACGAUGACGAUGGCUAUGACGAUGACGACAGGCGCCGCAAGAAGCCCAGUCAAGACAAUAGUAGCAAGGCUGUGAAGGCAGCAGACUCAAGUGCAAUUCAGGGCAGUAGUAUCAAGAUCGAGGAGGCAGCGGGUUCCAGUCAAGACGCUAGCAAGACUCCAGAGGCAGCAGGGGCAGGUACGGUUCAGGGUAGUAGUACGGAGGCAGCAGUGUCCAGUCAAGACAGUAGCAAGACCGCAGGGGCAGCAGUGUCAAGUCCGGCUCAGGGCAGUAGUGGCAAAACCACGGAUAGCCAGGGCAGUAGUGGCAAGACCAAAGAGGCAGCAGAGUCACGUCAAGACAGCAGCAGCAAGACCACAGUGGCGGCUAAUUCCAGUCAGGUUAGUAGAAAGAUUGUGGAGGCAGUAGACUCAGGACAGGGCUGUGGUAGUAGCAAGGCCACAGACAGUAGUAAGAGUGUGGAGGACAGUCAGGUGCAGGGGAGUAGUAUCAAAGCCACAGACAGUCAGGGCAGUUGUAGCAGCCUCAAGAGGGGUUGGCAGGGCAAUAGCAGCAGUAGCAAGAGCGGCAAGGCCACCGCAAAGGCAUCUGGAGUGGACCGGUACCAGUGCCUCUUCUUCCAGGUCAUCGACGGCACAGUGUCGCUGCUGAGGGAAAGGUUCGCCGACGCCAAGAGCCUGCGGUUCUUCCCCCUCCUGGACCACACACGCUUUGCUGACUAUAACGGGAGGGACGGGUUCCCCGAUUUUGAACUAAAGAAGCUGCUGGACGUUUACCCUUCGCUGUUUGACCAGUCCAGGCUGCGUAAUGAGCUCCUGGCUCUCUACGACAACGCUGCCUACCACAAACGGCCAGGAGACCUGCUACGCCGCCUCAUAGACGACCAGCUGCUCACCACCCUCCCGGAGGUGACGCGGCUCUGCCAGCUCGUGCUGACGUUCCCCGUCAGAGCCCCGUCUACGCCAAGCGGGUUGCCGUCGGCGUCUUGUCUGGAGAGAUUAGAGUCGUACCUGCGCAAAACGACGUCGUCAUCGGCGCCCUCUGGAGACCUGGAGGAGGAUAGCUGCUGCGGCGACCUGUGCAAGAUCGCCAUGGGGACGGCCGUGAUAGAGUCGCUGGAGAUGAAGAACCAACUGAAUGACCGAGUCAUUGAUCACUUCGCCACGGCAACAAGUAGCUCAAUGCCCCUACUGUACGAGUAGCUGUACGAUCAAGUUAUCGACCCAGGGCUGGACUGGCCAUCUGGCAAAGCGGACAUUUCCCGUUUUUUAUUUAUUUUAUUUUUUUACAUUUCUUAAAAUAGGGGACCACGAGGGUCCACAGUGAGUCAGUUCUGCACCACUAAUUAUGAGGGGGGGCCUCUAAUCCAAAAAUGUCCGGGCCCCAGAAGUAGCUCAGUGCCUUUACUGUAUAAAUAGCUGUACGAUCGAGUUAUCGACCACUUCGCCACGGCAGCAACUAGCUCAGUCCCACUACUCUAUGAGUAAAUGUGUGGAGAAAACUGUUUGAAAAAAAAAAAGAUAUGUUUUGGCCUUUUUCUCUUGUAUUAAGCAGACAGGACAGUUGAGAGAGACAGGAAAUGAGUGGGGGGGAAGGAUCGGAACUCUGGUCGGAAUAAAAAAAAAACAAAAGUCAUUUUGCAACAAAACUUCAAAUACUGUUCGGAUUAUUCUGUUCUUGAAUGCUGUGUUGGUGAAGUUAGCCUAAUCAGUUCAUGUUAAAAAGAUAAAGGCAAAAGAAACAUUAAAAAGCCCUUGGUAUCAAUAAAGUACCUCUACUUAUGUACUGUAUGUAUAUAUACGGUGUGUAUGUGUGUAGGAGCAAGUGAGCGUAUGUGAGCCAUCAGUGUGUAUGCCAAGUAAAGUUGCCAACUCCUUGGGGAAAAAUAAGGGACACCUCAUUUGCACAUAGAGUAAGAAAGCCAACGUAGGGGUCUAGGGGGAGAAAAUGAUGUAUUUCUUUGAUGCAAUUUCCUGCAUUUUAACCAAUUCUAGGGCAAAUAGUAGCAAAUCCCAUUUCAUUCCCUUUUAUUCCAUUGACAUUUUGAAAACAAGUCUUGAUUCUCACGGUAAUAUGAAACAAAUUGCGUCCCGUUUUAGCUCAAUAGUACCCGUACUUCUGUUUUUAUUUACGGAACGAUUCCGUAUUUCAAGGGUUAGUUGGCAACCCUAAUACAAAGUAUGACCACCCAACUAGAAAAGCAAACAGACAAUUCUCCUUCUGAAUGCUUGCCCAAUACUAACUGAUUGUAUUUUUGUACAUAUGCACAUGGCACUUACCAUAUUGCCUGGCUGUUUAUAAAGAGUUCAAGUGUGGUUUUAUUGUUCUUUUUUUCUCUUGUUUUUAUUGUAAAAUAAAACAUUUGUUCGAGCUUUUUCAGA